UCUUCCUUUGUCCCUGUCCCCUCUGCUCUGUCUCGAAAGUAACCGUGGGGCAGGCGAUUGGGUAGUUGGAGGGCCCUGGACUUAGUUCCUCAGCCCUAGUCUGGGCUUAGUGGGUGGGACUCAGCACACGGCUAGUUGUCCAGAAACACGUUUCUCUGCAGUUUUCCUACACUUUUGCUGCAUCAGACCCGAAGCAGAAAGCAAACAGCAGCUGUGGAGCUGCCCCAAGCGACCUACACCUGCAGGGGAAGGAGCGCCGCCAGCAGCUUGGAGACCCGGCCCUGAGUGACCUCACCAUGAAAGAAAGAUACGGAGACACAGGGAGAGAUUGCGACCAGAAAGCACCGAGCGUUUGAAGCGGCGCGGGAAUCGGGUUCGCGAGGCACGUCGCGCCCCGCCCAGCCUGUUGAGCAGGUCUACAGGAGUGAGCGCAAGCGACCGCGUGUACGUGCGGAUUUGCGAGGCGCGCCCUGGAGCUGCUGGAAAUCCAGAAACGCAGGCCCGUGCUCCGCGAGGUCCCCGCGUAAGUGGUCGCUGAGUACCCACGCGGACACCCCAGUCACCAGUGUCCUUGAUCUGAUAGUGGCUUCUAUUGGUCAGUCCCACAUAAGAAUAACAGCUCACCAGGACAAGAUCCACAUAGGGCGAGGCCACCAACACCAUGUUCUGUACGAAGCUGAAGGAUCUCAAGAUCACAGGGGAAUGUCCUUUUUCCUUACUGGCACCAGGGCAGGUCCCUAAAGAGCCAGCAGAAGAGGUAGCUGGAAGCUCCGAGAGCGGCACAGCCACUCUGACCAUCUGUCAGGACGUCCCUGAAAAGAAUGUACAAGGAAGUAUUCCUCAAAGAAAGACCAGUCGGAGCCGUGUCUACCUCCACACUUUGGCAGAGAGCAUUUGCAAACUGAUUUUCCCAGAGUUUGAGCGGCUGAACCUUGCACUUCAGAGAACACUGGCAAAACACAAAAUAAAAGACAGCAGGAAAUCUGUGGAAAGAGAAGACUUUGAAAAUAUAAUUGCAGACCACGCACUUGCAGCAGGGGUCCCAGCGGAGAUCAUCAAAGAAUCUCUCGGUGAAGAACUUUUUAAAAUAUGUUAUGAGGAAGAUGAACACAUCCUGGGUGUGGUUGGAGGAACCCUCAAAGAUUUUUUAAAUAGCUUCAGCACCCUUCUGAAACAGAGCAGCCACUGCCAAGAAGCAGAAAAGAAGGGCAAGCUUGACGACGCCUCCAUUCUCUGCCUGGAUAAAGAUAACGAUUUCCUAAAUGUUUACUAUUUCUUCCCUAAGAAGGUCACGUCCCUGAUUCUUCCCGGCGUCAUUAAGGCAGCUGCUCACAUCUUGUACGAAACCGAAGUAGAAGUGUCGCUAAUGCCUUCCUGCUUCCGCAACGAUGGUGGCGAGUUUGUCAAUCAGCCCUAUUUGUUAUACUCCGUUCAUGUCAAGAGCACCAAACCAUCCUUGUCCCCGGGCAAACCACAGUCCUCACUGGUCAUUCCCGCAUCUCUCUUCUGCAAGACAUUUCCGUUCCAUUUCAUGUUUGACAAAGAUAUGACAAUUCUGCAAGUUGGCAAUGGCAUCAGGAGGCUGAUGAACAGGAGGGACUUUCAAGGAAAGCCAAAUUUUGAAGAGUACUUUGAAAUUCUGACUCCAAAAAUCAACCAAACGUUUAGCGGGAUCAUGACUAUGUUGAAUAUGCAGUUUGUAGUCCGAGUGAGAAGAUGGGAUAACUCUGUGAAGAAAUCUUCAAGGGUUAUGGAUCUCAAAGGCCAAAUGAUCUACAUCAUUGAAUCCAGUGCGAUCUUGUUCUUGGGGUCACCUUGUGUGGACAGAUUGGAAGAUUUUACAGGACGGGGGCUCUAUCUCUCAGACAUCCCAAUUCAUAAUGCUCUGAGGGAUGUGGUCUUGAUAGGAGAACAGGCCAGAGCUCAAGACGGACUGAAGAAGAGGCUGGGCAAAUUGAAGGCCACCCUUGAGCAAGCUCACCAAGCCCUGGAGGAGGAGAAGAAGAAGACAGUUGAUCUUCUUUGCUCUAUAUUUCCCUGUGAGGUGGCACAGCAGCUGUGGCAAGGGCAAGUUGUGCAAGCCAAGAAGUUCAGUAGCGUCACCAUGCUUUUCUCAGACAUUGUUGGGUUCACUGCCAUCUGCUCCCAGUGUUCACCACUGCAGGUCAUCACCAUGCUCAACGCACUCUACACGCGCUUUGACCAGCAGUGUGGAGAGCUGGAUGUCUACAAGGUGGAGACCAUUGGCGAUGCAUAUUGUGUGGCUGGGGGAUUACACAAAGAAAGUGAUACCCAUGCCAUUCAGAUAGCACUGAUGGCCCUGAAGAUGAUGGAGCUCUCUGAUGAAGUCAUGUCUCCCCAUGGAGAACCGAUCAAGAUGCGAAUCGGAUUGCAUUCUGGGUCAGUUUUUGCUGGAGUUGUUGGAGUUAAAAUGCCCCGUUACUGUCUUUUUGGAAACAACGUCACUUUGGCUAACAAAUUUGAGUCCUGCAGUGUACCACGGAAAAUCAAUGUCAGUCCAACAACUUACAGAUUACUCAAAGAUUGUCCUGGUUUUGUGUUUACCCCUCGAUCAAGGGAGGAACUUCCACCAAACUUCCCCAGUGAUAUUCCUGGAAUCUGUUAUUUUCUGGAAGCUUAUCAACAAGGAACAAAUUCAAAACCAUGGUUCCAAAAGAAAGAUGUUGAAUAUGGCAAUGCCAAUUUUUUAGGCAAAGCAUCGGGAAUAGAUUAGCAAAAUAUAUUCCUGAUUAUUAUUCUUUGGAGUUUGACUCCUUGGAGCAUAUGUGGAAUCUCUGAAAGCACUUUAGGAUGCACAUGGCUAAAGAGCAGUAUUAAAAUUUAAGGAGCUAAGUCACGAUCUACUUUUUUUUUCCACUUAACAUGACAAAAAUGUAUUCACUUCAAUACUUCAACCCUUCAGUGAAAAUAAGAAAAAGAAACCUCAAAAAGUGACUUUUGGGGGCCAUUCCUGUUAUAUAACAAUCACGUAUUACUUAUACUCAAAACUUAGCACAUCGUACAUAUAUCAGGUAGUUGUAGCGACCUGUACAAUGUGAUGGAGUUACUUGCAAUCUUGUGUCUUGGUGGAAUGCCAUGGUUAUUAAAGUGUAUUUGUGAUAGUGUUGCCUUAAAAAAGCUUUUAAAUAGAAAUUAUAGUCUUCGAUACCAUAAGCUCUUUGAACCUUUCAACUCUGCAUUUUAUUAUAUUUCCUCAUAUAAUUUUUAGCAUAUGUAACAAAUAGAUUGAAUUUUUUUGUUGUACUAUUCUUUUUUUUUCUUUUUUGAGAAAAUAAGCCAUUAUGGGUUAGAUGCAAUCUGGAUAUAAAAUAGAUCUUAUGUAAAUAUCAAAGAUUAUUUUAUAAGAAUAUUCUUCAUAACAUAUUGUGUCAUUAACAAUAAAUAUUUCCAUUUGUUUUGACUUUUUUUUCCACACAUGGUAAAGGCUAUUUUAAUUCAUAUUAGCAAUUUAAGUCCUAUUCAUUUUUUGUGUUAUUGUAUUCAGGAUAAAAGAGGAUUACAGCUUAUAUUAAAAUGCAAUAAUAUCAUUCUAAUUUAAUUCAACCAGAAGCAACAUGAGAGUAAAGUAAGCAUUCAGAGAACAUACCAUAAAGUACAAAAAUAAAAUAUUUACACACACACACACACACACACACACACACACACACACAGAGUAAUUUGGGUUUAUUUCAGCAGACAUUCUCCAUUGCCAUGCUGAGCCAUAAAAGAAAAUCGAAGUUCAGAAUUGGAAAAUAAGACUUGUUCUUUUUUUCUGACAGUAUAUUUUUAAGUGUUUGUGUUGAACACUUUAUUGUGUGUUUAUGUCCUAAGACUCAUCACGGAUUUUUUUGUCUUAUUAGGUACACAUCUGUGAAUUUUUUAUUCUAAUUGAAAUAUCUCAAUGAUACUGUUUGAAGAGAAUGUUAGUGCUGAAGAAAACAAUGCUGUGAUUUCAUUAUGGAAAAUUUAAAACAUUUUUCUGGAGCUUGAACUUUAAUUUUUAAUAAUGUUAAUCUAAGAUCUCUGGUGUACUAAAUAUCUUGCAGAGUUUGGUUUAGGAUAAGGAUUUGAGAAAGAGAAAGAUGAACAUUAUAGUUUUUAAAUCAACAUUAGCAGAACCAUAGAUAGGCUGAACACUUUUUGGGGAAUUCUAAGAAGUAACCCAGUUAAAAAUUUUUUAAAUUAUCUCCACUAGUUCCCAGGCUACCCCAUGGUGACCUCAGGAAUAAAAAGUAAUUACUGAUUGGCCUCUAAUAUACCUAGGGUACUACUUUAGAUAUUACAAUGAUUAUUAUUAAUUAAGUGAUACCUCAGUGUCCUAAAAGAUGAAUUUGUCUCAUUAAAUUCCAAUCCUAUUGCAGGAAAAUACCAUAGGCCUUUGGAAAAUAUAGUUUCAUAAUUAUAUAAAAGUAAUAAAAAUACUUAAAAGGAAAAUAAACACAUACUUUUUUUUCCCCGUGGAACAGAAUCCUUAUUAUAGGGAUAAUAAUAGGAACUACAGGAAAUUAAAAAGCAUAAAAUGUCUUUAUCAAAUAUUUAAGCAGACUAUAACUUGGCAAUAAUUUGUGUUCUAAAAGUUAGUAAGCCAAUUAGAAUUCAAAAAAAUUUUCUCUGUGUGUUUAGAGAAAAAUGCAAACAAUCUGAAUAAAAGCUAUAUGAGAAUUCCUGGUACUAUAUCUGCAACCCUUCUAUAAGUGUCACCAAAAAUGUAUUUUUCCAGAUAAAUUAAAUAAUCUGUGAUAGGCUCCCCAGGCCAGCCUACAAAGGCUCAUUAUUGGACCUUAAGCAAGAUGAACAUACAGUAUUUUCAUGAGAGAAUACAUUCAAAAUCCACAACUGGAUGUUAAAAUAUUUAAGCAAUUCCUUUUCCCUCUGUCUUAUCCAAUUUGGAGGAUAGAGGUUAUGAAGACAUUUUCAGACCAGACCACUGAUGGUAGCCAGGGGCAGAGAACUGAGAGGUAAUCUUUAAGAAAGUAAGGGACCAAAAUAGGAGUUCCGAUUUAGGAGUAGAAUUGAGGAUGGAAAAGAGAAUGGACAGAGAAGGUCUAUGACUGGUGUAGGGGCUAAGGGUUCUGAAUCUUGUUGCCAUAUUAUUCUAAAAAAUAUAAUGUGGGGUCCCAAGCCUGCUUCCUAUCAGCUUGUUUUUCCUGAGAAUUCAAAGAGCUGUUCCUUCUGUUCUGAUUUUAUUGUUUCCAUUCAUGGCUUCUGGCCCCAUUAUUUUGUAUCCAGUAUACAAAAUAAAUUCAUUUUUCAUAUAUAUUUUUCAAGCAAGCAUUCAGUUCCACUGCAAUUGUCUAAAGACAUUUAUAUCGAGAAGCAAAGAGAAGUAUAGAGUUAAAAUAUCUCUUCCCAUUUUUCCUCAUCUUUUUGUUUCCAUCUAGAUUUUGUAAGAAAAUGCAAAGUUUGAACCUAAAUACAAAUAGAUUCACUUACUCAUUUUCAUUUAUUUAUUCAUUUCUUGAAUGACUGCUAUGUGCUGAGAAUAAUGCUGUUUUUGGAAUUCAAAGAUCAAGUAUGGCCCACUUUAUCAAGAAAGGAAAAUGAAGGAUGAACAUAAGAUAAGUAAUUACAAAAUUCUGUGCAGAGACUCAGUGCUUGGAGAAGCGUCUUGGGCUUAGAGGAGUUCAGUAAGCAGAGGAAGAAGGACUUGGUCCAAGCAAGUAAACAAGUAUGCACAAAGAAAUGGAAUCUCGGAGAUGUGUAGUGUAUCUUGAUGGCAAGUGGCCUGGGAUGAGUUCGCAGUGAGAACAAGGACAGAAUGACUAUUUGGACACAAAUCAUAGAGGGGGCUGUUUGUGAUGUUAAGGUGAAUGAUUAUUAUUAAUCAUCAUUAUUAUUAAUUACCAUGGAGCCCUUUGUUCAUAACAAAUCUUACAAGAGAAAAAAAAAGCUAAAGAAAAAAAGUAAAUCAUUGGCUUCUGCCUCCCUCCCAACAGUUUUAAAACUAGUAGGCAAGGGAGAUGUCAAAUGUUAAAGGAAGAAAUGGUAUGAAAGGUAGGGUCAGAAGCAGCAAGGAUAAUGACGCGUACUGACUUGCAGAAAUGACCAAAUGAACAUUCUUCUGUAUCGCAGAAGAAAAUGACUCAUGCUAUAUCUUGGGUAUUUUACUAUAAGUAAGAACAUGAAGCUGGAUGUCUGGCAUGGGAAUUUGAUAUUGCUCUCCCAGUCAUUAGUCCUUCAUAUCCUUUGGUAGGAAGGAAAGAAGAGUUUGCUUCUGCAUUUUACUAAACUUUCCUCCAAAUUCUUCUCCCUGAUAUUGCCUGUCAUGCCAAGGCAGACCCUGCCAGGCCUGUCCUAUGGUUAGGUUAGAAGCAGCCAUAGGAUGGAAAAAGGUGUUCCAUGGGAGACAUAGCAAACGAAAGGAUGAAGGGGAGUGUUUUCUCCACAUAGUGCUAGGGAGAUAGACAUGGUCCCCUGAGAUUCCCCAGCUGAGAAAGUGCCCAAAUGGAACUUUACAUACAAAUCUCGAAUGAAGUCGGGGGCUAUCAAAUGCUUGAAAGCCACAUUAAGUCCCCGUUAAAGCAACAGUUAAUAGUCCCAAAGAGAAUAGGUUAAUGAACUAUUGUAGUUUAAGUGCAUGGAUUUUGCCUGGAUAAAUCACUAUUUAUAAGUGAAAAGGAAUCUCUUUGAUACAUAGUUGUUGGGGUGGCUUGAUAGAUCGCUACCCUUCACUGAACAAUAAAACAUAAAGAGUUUGUUUUGCCUGAUUGUACACUUUGGUGCUAUUUCACUCUUUAGAUAUCUGUACUUAGUUAAAUGAAGGCAGACUUGAAGGGUGGAAGCAUGAGAGGAUAUGACCCAUGAUUUGAGAGGUGGGAGAACAGUGCCUGGACCAGAGCCCUUGCAAUUCCUGUACAGAAGGACUUAACCAUCUCCUGCAAAACAAAAAGUCAGUGCUGCAGGGAUGAUAGAGAAGUGCAAUUCCUUUGUCUAAUCACGGGCUAAAAGCAGGGACAGCUUGCUUUAUUAAGCAGAGAAUUCCAAAAUGCAAUUUUGAACCUAAGCCUACAGUUUUAUAAUGCAUGUCUUUGUUGGGAUUUUUCUCAAGUCCUGAGAAAUCUUGGUAUCAUCUGAGAAGGGAAGAAUCACUCCUGUUCUGAGAGCCAUGAGCUUGAGAAGUACUUAGUUCCUUGCUGAGUUUCCUUCUCUUUGCUUGUUUGCUUCCAGAUUUUACAUACACUGUGGUUCCCUUUUAAAUCCUCCUUUUAUUAUAUUUAUGAUGUAUUAUACUCCUCCGGUAUUCUUACUUUAAGCCACUUAAAACAUUUUAUAUUUUAUUGGCAUCUAGCUUUCUCUUUAAGCGGCUGUGCUCUUAACCUGCCAUGUCUGCAUCUGUUUUGGCAAGUUCACAUGAACUAUACACUUUUUCAUCCAAAACUGUUUUCUUUUUUCUUUAAUGCUCAUUUCUUCCCAUAUUCAGUGCAUGAUAAAAAAAAAAAUAGCAAAGGCUGUAUAUGCAUAGAUUCUAGUUUAAAAAAAAAAAAACAAACUAAGCUAAAGGGAGGAAGAAGUCAUAUUCUGAAAGCCAGGCUUUUUUUUAUCAUCAGUGCAGAUUUUUUCCAUCAUAAUAAACUUAGUUUCAGGAAAACGUCAAUAUUUUAGAUUUAAACAUUGGGAUAGAAACAGGACAAAAGUUAAAUGGAAGAUCCAAGACUUAAUCUCAAACAUUCUGAUAGAAGAUUUUGGAUAAGUUUGUGCUGCCUUUAAAUUUCUUAAGUAUUUAAUGUCAUAAUAUUAAAUUGCCAAUAAACCUUACAGAUUGUGAAGAAAUCUGCUUGGCAGAAAAGUACUUCGCAUAAUGCCCAAAUCUUAAAGUAAGAUGUUUGUUUAGUCUGAAAUGUUGCCAAACCCAUCUGUGUUUAGGAAAGAACUAUGAGGUGGUCCCAGAGAAAACUAGAAACAGAAACAAAAAUGCUGUUACAUAAAUUGGACAAUCUAACAUACACACCUGGAAUAAAAGGGACAAACUGAAGCCUUUUGGAAAAUUAUAGUGACAGUGGUCAUGGAAUUCGGUGCCUUUAGAAAUGAUGAUGCCCCUUGACUCAAGGAUGUGCAGCACCCAGACCCUGUUUUAUCACAGUGAGCUGCCUUCUUCCCCAAACAACUUACAUCUUGCAAAACUGAAGUGAAUAAAAAUAUACUAGUACUUGA